AUUUUAGCUCUACGGUCAAUCGGGUCAUCCCUUGAGAAACUUUAGGUCUUAAUUCAAGUAUCUUCAUACGAAUUGAAAUCCAAGUUUGCCGUGUUAAUUUCAAUCUUUCUGUGUUCGGAAUCACACAAUAGUAUCUUACCAAAGGUAGUAAUAAUAGAAUUUGAGAAUGGAUCCCGCUUUGUUACGUGAACGUGAGGCUUUUAAGAGGCGAGCUUUUGCCACGCCGGUAGUGGAGAAUAAAAGGAAGAAAGAAAAUGUAGUAGAUGAAUCGAAAAAGAAACCUAGGCCCCCGCAGAGAUCCUUGGCUUCAGCUCCAAAAAUUGAUGCGACUAACUACAAGCACAUGUCAGGGAGUUCUCAAUACAAAUUUGGUGUAUUGGCUAAAAUUGUCAAGCAUUUAAAAACACUACAUCAGGAUGGAGCAGAUCAUGCCCUUACUUUGGAAGAAAUUCUUGAUGAAACUAACCAACUUGAUGUUGGAAUGAAAAUAUCUCAGUGGCUUCGAACUGAAGCUUUGAACAGCAAUCCUAAAAUAGAAGUUACUUCAGAUGGAAGGUACAUGUUCAAACCACCAUACAAGGUCAGAGAUCGUAAAAGCCUACUGAAGUUACUACGGCAAACUGAUUUGAAAGGAUACGGCGGUAUUCUGCUUGAAGAUAUCCAAGAAUCCUUACCUAACCAUGAAAAAGUUUUGAAAAUGCUCGAGAAAGACAUAGUGUACAUUUCCCGACCGGUAGAUAAGAAGAAGAUUUUGUUUUACAACGAUAAAACGGCGCACAUGCCGAUUGACGAAGAAUUUCAAAAGCUUUGGCGAUCAGUCGCUGUUGAUGGUAUCGACGAUAACAAAAUUGAAGAGUAUUUAGAAAACCAGGGAAUUCGCUCUAUGCAAGACACAAGCCAGAAAGUUCUUCCUGCUAAGUUGAAAAGAAAAGCAGCUCCAAAGAAACGUACUUACAAGAAACCUCGUGACAAUGAACAUCUCAAAGAAAUUUUGCAAGAUUACGAAUGAAAUAGUAAACUGCGUGUUUUCUACCGACGUGCCUCAUUUCCUGUAUCACCUGUAUGGCAAACCAAACGUAUAGGACAAGAACAGUGAUAAGCCAUGUGAUGUUGUCCCUGGAAUCCAGAAACUAAUUUUUUUUUAGUUAAAUAUCAAACUAGUUAAAUUAUUUCUUAUCUUUAUAUUGUUUGCCAUGUUUUAGAACAGAAGGCCUU